GGCAGGCGCCCGUCGACGUUUUGUGCUAAAGCGAAGCCUGGAAAGUUUUUAGCACACAGGCACCGGGAGGCGGCUCAGACUAGGGACAGGAGUUGGGCAGCAGAAGCACAAACGAGACCCUGCUUUGCAAAAGAAAAGAAAAGUCCAAAACUGGACUGGAAUCGCUAACAUAAAAUUCCCCCCCUUGCUUGCAAUAGAAAAGAAAGAGAGAGCGCCAGCCUAGAAGGGAGCGCGAGAGUCUGGCAAGCCCCUUCCUGCGCUUGGCUCCUCCCCUGGAAACUACUGCCUCUCUCUCUCUGUGCAUGUACUUUUUUUCCCCGGGAGUGGCUGCCUCUUUGGGGUCUGGACAGAAUUUGGUUCCAUUUGGGAGGGUCGAUCUGGGACAAAGCCUGGGAAAACUAUUUAAUGUGAAGUCUGUGCUACUGUGCAAAUCAGCUGUGGGACAAACUGAUUCUAAGGAAGCCAGAAUCCCAAGGAAGCUGAGCACUGGGUGUCUAGCAAUCCAGAGAUAUAAAUUUGCUGGAUACAACCGGGCGAUUCCACCACUGAACUAGGACACAGGGGUCCUUUGUGAGAGAGAGGGAGAAAUGGCCACUGAGCAGGCCCCUCUGCUUCUCCAGGAGAAGAAUGUCAGGGGAUUCCUGCAAAGGAAACCAGGGAGAGAGAUUAAACAGGAGCCCUGCGAUGGGCUUCUUCAGCAGUGGGAAGUCCAGUGGCAGGAGUUCUUGAAGACCGUGGAGUCCCCUCAGCCUGGUUUGGCUGCCCCACAGAUACCAGAAGAGCCCACGCCUUGGGAUGACGCAAAGGCCUUCCUGGCCUCCUUUGAGCAAGUGGCCGAAGCCUGCCGGUGGCCCAGAGAAGAGUGGGUGACCCGACUCCUGCCAGCCCUGAAUGGAGAAGCCGAGCAGGCCUUUCACGUGCUGGAGAGCAGAGACAGGAAGGAUUAUGGGAAAGUGAAGGCGGCCAUCUUGCAAGGGGAUGCCGUCAGCAGGGAAAAACAGCGCCAGCAUUUCCGGCACUUCCGCUACCACGAGGCUGAGGGGCCGAGGGGAGUUUAUAACCGGCUCCAUGAGCUCUGUCGCCGCUGGCUGAAGGUUGAGAGACACUCCAAGGAACAGAUUUUGGAGCUGCUGAUCUUGGAGCAGUUCCUGACCGUCCUGCCCCCAGAGAUCCAGAGCUGGGUGAGGGAACGUGGCCCAGGGUCCUGUGCCCAGGCAGUGGCCCUGGCCGAGGAUUUCCUCUGGAUGCAAAGAGAGUCCUUGAGAUGGGAACAGCAGGUGGGGACAGCUGUGGGGCCAUUGACGGCAAUGGCCGUCCCUCUCGCUGGGACAGAGCAGGCCGCUCCAUCGGACAUUGGAAAGAGACAGCUUUGCACAGUGACCAAGCAGGAGGCUGAUGGUGGGAUGCUGAGCCUGCCCGCUGGUGAUGUCCGAGAGUGUGUGAACAACCGGGAGCUACCUGGAGUUUCAUCAGAAAGAGUUGAACUGCAAAAGCUGGAGGAGAAUUUUGGGAACCAAGAUGGGCCAAGGAGGAGGCUGAGGAACCACCAAGCAAACAACUGGAAGAAGACCCCUGCUGCUUGUCCGAGUGGUGGGUUCCACGAUCCUUCUGUCCCAGAUGACAAGCAAAAGGAUAAGAGAAAGUAUAAGUGCAAUGUAUGUGCCAAACUCUUCAGUUACAAGUCGAGCCUUAAAAUCCAUCAGAGGAUCCACACGGGAGAGAAACCGUAUAAAUGCAUGGAGUGUGGGAAGAGCUUCAUUCGGAGUGACCUCCUUGCCUCACAUCUGAGAAUCCACACAGGGGAGAAACCAUAUAGUUGUUCAUAUUGUGGGAAGAGCUUCUGUGAUCUGUCCACCCUUAUUAAACACCGUAGAAUUCACACCGGGGAGAAACCAUAUGUGUGUGUGGAGUGUGGGAAAAGUUUCAGCCAGAAGGCAAUCCUGAAUUCACACCAGCGCAUCCACACUGGGGAGAAGCCACAUAAAUGCAUGGAGUGUGGGAACAGCUUCAGCCGGAGUACUUACCUGACUUCCCAUCAGAGAAUCCAUGCAGGGGAGAGAACAUAUAAAAAUAUUGACUGUGGCCGGGGCUUUCCUGAGCAGUCAGGUCUUAUUCACCAUCAGAGAAUCCAGGUAGAGGAGAAGCCCUAUAAAUUUUCCGACUACGGCCAGACCUUCAGUCCACAUGCAGGGUGCACAACGCACCAGAAAACAUACACUUUGAGUGACACAAUCAAUGUGUUUGAAUGUGGGGAAAAACUUCAGUUGGAGGCAACACCUUAUGAGACCUCAGGGCAACCUGGUAACUACUUCAGAUGGAGGACAGUCCUUACUAUACAUCAAAGGACUCAAACAGGGGAGAAACCAUAUAAAUGCCAGGAGUGCGAAAAGAGCUUCAGUCAAAGCUCAAAACUCACUUCUCAUCAAAGGAUUCACACUGGGGAGAAACCAUAUAAAUGCUUUGAAUGUGGGAAGAGCUUUAGGAAGAGUGGAAUUCUUAGCAUGCAUCAAAGAAUCCACAGUGGAGAGAAACCCUAUCAUAAAUGUAUAAAUAGUUCCUUAAAGCUCUGUAUCCCUUCACAACUGAUUUGGGCGCUGCCUUGCCCCGUUGUCUUACUGAUCUGCAGAAGUAAAAACUAUCAAAACUUUUCCGCUGUGUGGGAUCAAUUAUUGGCAUCAGAUACCACCCAGACAAAGAACUGGAUUUUUGGUAAAUCAAUUCACACAGGGGAGAAACCAUAUAAAUGCUUGGAGUGUGGAAAGAACUUCACAAAGGCGUCAAGUCUUACUAAGCAUAGAAGAACCCACACUGCGGUGAAACCAUAUACAUGCUUGGAGUGUGGAAAGAGCUUUGAUCGAACUGAUUCCCUUACUUCCUAUCACAGGUUUCACACAGGGGAGAAGCCAUAUGCAUGCCUGGAGUGUGGAAAAAGCUUUAGCCAGAGCACAAACCUUGCGACACAUCAAAGGGUUCACACUGGGGAGAAACCCUAUAAAUGCUCAGAAUGUGGAAAAAGCUUCAAUCAAAACUCAAAACUUACUUCUCAUCAAAGGAGUCACACAGGAGAGAAGGCGUACAAAUGCAUGGAGUGUGGCAAGAAUUUCAGUACGAGUGCAACCCUCACUUCUCAUCGAAGGAUCCACACUGGGGAGAAACUGUAUACGUGUCUGGAGUGUGGAAAAAGUUUCACUCAAAGCACAAGCCUCACUACACAUCAAAGGAUUCACACUGAAAGGAAACCAUUUCAGUGCUUGGACUGUGGAAAAAGCUUCAGAGAGUGUGCAUUUCUUACUAAGCAUCUAGGAGCCCAUGGUGGAGAGAGACCAUCUAAGUGCUUGGACUGUGGGAAAAGCUUCCCAGAGAGGGCAAGUCUUACUAGGCAUGUAAGAACCCACAAUGGAAAGAAACUACAUAAAUGCCUAGAGUGUGGGAAAAGCUUUGGUAGGAGCACACACCUGACUAAGCAUUGGAUAACCCACACUGGGGUAAAACCAUAUACCUGCUUGGAGUGUGGAAAUAGCUUCAGAGAGAAGGCAAGUCUUACCAGGCAUUUAAGAACCCACACUGGGGAAAAACCAUAUAAAUGUUUAGAGUGUGGGGAAAACUUCAGCCAAAGCUCAAAACUGACUUCUCAUCAAAGGAUUCACACUGGGGAGAAACCCUAUACAUGUUUCAAGUGUGAAAAGAGCUUCCGGCAAAGCUCAAAACUGACUUCUCAUCAAAAGAUUCACACUGGAGAGCAACCCUAUAAAUGCCUGACAUGUGGAAAGAGUUUCUGUUACUGGCAGUCUCUUAUUUCACAUCAAAGAACCCACUCUAGUGUUUCAGAUUGUAAACACAUUCCUGGAAAAGUGCUACAUUAAUCUGCUGUGGCAAAAACAGCAAAAAACCCCAAACCUCUUACACCUUUAAAACUUACAUUUUUAUUUGAUAUGAGCCU